AUGGGUCACAAAUGUUCAUCGUUUUUCAGACCAUCUGUGACUGUAAAUGGGAAAAAAUACAGAGUGGUUAAAGAUCUCGGAGAGGGAGGUAAGCUCUUUCACAGUCUUCGUCCAUGACAUGACAUGUCGAUCGAUCUGUCAUGAUCAUGUGGUGGCUUAAAAUAUUUUUGCCUUUGUGAUCCCUUUACCUCAUUAAUUGUUGUUUUUCUUUUGCCUUGAAAAUCCCGGUGAAUCUCUACAACUAGUUGAAGCUAGUUGUUUUUAUCAAAAUUCAACAGAAAGGAGUAAAAUUAUUAAAAAGAGAAUGCACGAAACUUAGUCUGAAAUUGAGCUCAAAUUAUGUAACAUGCAGUUGUUGUUGAUCUUCUCAUUGGAGGAAGCUUUGGAUAGUUAAGAAGUAGAGACGAAGAAAAAAAAUACUUUUAAUUAUUUGUGUAUGCUAUGAAAAUUCUUUUGUACGGUCGCUGUGCUCUCUAUGUUAGUUAACUGACUCGACUGCUGAUAUUUGAACAGUAUUGAAGUCAGUCACCAAGAAUUAAUUCCCAACUUGUAUUAUCUUAUUAAUAAAAUUUAUAAAAUAUUUUGUUUUAGCUUUUUCUUAUGUUAACCUUGUCUACCGUGGAAAAGAAUGGUUUGCCUUAGUAAGUAUGUUCGUCACGUUAAAACUACUGCAAAAUUAUAGAAGGUAAUUGGGCAGAAAUUUGCAUGGUUGCAAAAAUUAUAUAUCAUGCAUAAUUUUUUUUAUUAAGUUUCUCAAUAUUAUAGUUGGAACAUUUUAUUAUCAGACUGUAUAUUUCAUUACUAAACAGAAUAGGGGUGUUUUAAUAGUGAAGAAAAAACAAUUGCUCAACUGCUGUUGGACAUUAAACCGAAAAGCCGCUAAUUUUUAACAGCACAAACCAAAAAACUUGUAUCAAAAACUGAAAAAAAAUAAUGAUAAUAAUAAUAAUAACAAUAAUAAUAAUAAUAAUCAACAACAAAGAAAGCCCAGUUACCCCCUUUCAUAUGUACAGGCUGUAUAUGUACAGGUAGUCCUUUCAGCACAUCAAAACAUGACUUUAUGCAUAACAUACUGGUGGGUUAACUGAUCUUACAAGGCUUUUAACGGUGCAAAGUUUGCACUUGGUAUUUUAAAUUAACUUUUUUGUUCUCUCUUUCAAAUUUUUUUCCUGCCCAAAUUUAAUUAUAAGAAAAAUAUGAGUGUAAUGCAACCCCUGUUAGUAAUGCAUCAGUCAAUUCGAGGCCGAGCUGCUGACAGUUAUAUGUUGUGAAUAUGUUAUAAAUAUGAAAGGAUGUUCUUCAAAUAAUAUCAACAGAAAUUUGAUUCACUAAUCAAACAACGUUGAUUCACGUCAAUAACUCCUGAGUUUCGCUAUGUAAUUCUGGCUUGAUAAGCAAUGAAGAAAUGCAUGCAUAAAAUUGAGAACAUGCCUUUACAACCCCCUGUCCUUGACAGAUAAGCCAAUCUGCUUUUUUUCCAGUGAUAUCCUCUGUGUAGUUGUAUUCUGAUAGGAAAGGGCGUGCAUGUCAAAAACUCAGGAAUAGGCCCAGGGUUGGCAAAAUUUGCAAAUGCCCCACCCCUGGGACUGAUGAGGCUGGCAAAUGCCCUUUAGUAGCCCCGGGGCGGGGUGGGGAGUGGGGGGGGCGGGGCGGUGCUGGGCAGCUGGAAUCGACUGAUGCUUAAUGUCUGUGAAUCAGCAUUGAUAUCCUUGUUCUGGGCCCUAACGGACUCCACAAAUUACAUUUACCAGAAAUGUGUUUGGAAUUUCCCUUUAACCUGAGUGGAAAAUUGACAAUGGCUUUUGACUGGCCAAUCAUGGCACAUACUCAGAAUUGAACUAGGAUUUUGGCACUGUUUCACAAAGGGAAGUAUAGUUCCAUCUGUAGCACAGGCUAGUGAAAGAUAGACCUUACAAUUACUGUUGCUCAUAACAUUCAGGUGGACAGUCAUCAACCAUUUCUUUGUCCUUCUCAAAACCCCAGACAUGGAGUUCAAAAAUUCAUUGAACUUGUUGUGACAUUUUUAAUUGCCAAAGUCCCUUAAACCUUUUUGAGCUGCAAAUUGUAUAUUAGAGUAGAAUUACUUGUUUUGCAAAACCUCACAAUUAAUUAGCUCAUUAGUUAUAUAAAGGGUCAGUAAUUAAGAAACAAGGGGAAAAGAAGCUAAGACAGAACCACCACCACCACCCUGUUUGUAAUGUGACUGACAAACUCUUCAACAAAUAUUGACCACUCUUAACUUGGUAAUUUACCAACUUGUCUUUUCCUUUAUUUUUAAGCUCUCACAAGUGACCAUUCAAAGGUUAAUAAUUAUAUCAUAUUUGGGCAAAUAUGUGCUCAACAAAACUUUAUAUAAUCAUAAGUUACCCGAGUGCAUUUAAUUCGACUAAACAUUUGCUCUUUUUUUGUUUAGAAAAGAAUGCGUUUACAACUCCCUGAGCAAGAAGAGGUACAUACUGUACAUAUUAUGUUGAUGAAUCUUACAUGCAAUCUUUCAGUUCUAAAAAGUCAAGAUAGCAGUACGAUCGACCAAAUUAGCCACCAGCAUUUUAUUAUAACUUUCCUCUCUUUUUGCAGAACCCAAGCACAAGCUAACUUACAUGCUACACAUAUUAUUUUCAAUUGAUGAAUCUUGCAUGUAAUCUUUCAGUUCUAAAAAGCCAAGAUAGUGACCAAAUUAGCCACCAGCAUUUUACUAUUUUUCACAUAUCUUUCUGUAGAACCCAAGCACGAGCUAACCUACAUGUGCCCUGGCUAUAUCCCUCUGCUUAUAAGCUCAUCAACAUGGAAACAAUAAUAUUAUCUUUCCCCUGCCAAACCCAUCCAAAACCCCUUGACACAGCAUGUACACACUUGCCUAAAUUGUUGUUAUUUGGGGCUUAUUAACUAGAAUUUUAUAGUAUUUUAGGUGUAAGCUGUAGGAUUACAGUUUACAUAUAGUAAAUUAUUCUGACAGUACUCUCCAUUUUGUGCAUGAUUGAAGCUCUUUAGACAAUUAGUGAGAAACUGUGAUAGUAAUAAACAAAAUAACAAAUAUUACAAAAUUAUCAUUUAAAAAGGCUGUAUUUCACUGAUUCAAGUCCAUCACUGCAGCUGAUUCAACUCAAUGCACUGGUGUAUAAAAUUAACACACACUGAAUAGAACAAUUAUUUUGAUAAUUUAAUAUUCAAAUUGAUACAUGGCUAUUAGGCUUGGGGGAAUUUAAACAAAAGAAAUGUAUUGUUCAUUUCUGAGCCUCAAGAUGUCAUUUCUUUUGUUUUAAAUUUAUUCCCCCAAGCCUGCCAAGUAUGAAUUUUAAUUCAUUGAUAUGGUCUAUUUAUUUUUGUUUUAGGCAUUUGAACGUGAGAUUGAAGCCCACAGAGCAGUUGAUCACCCAAGCGUCCUGGCCUUACAUGAUGUGGAUGUGGUUUCCAAGGGAACAUUUAAAGAAGCUCGCAUGCUUGUCACUUACUAUAAGGUAAACUUGGAGGCCUUGCAAUAGUCAGCUUUCAAGAUAUAAUUUCUUUUAAAGACUUUCAGAUACUGGUUUAUCUCCUUGUAUUUAAUGUUAUGGGUCAAAAUUAAAUCAAGGUUAAAUUUUUUUAACCUGGGUUAAUUCUCAGUUUCCUUUGUCUCCUGGCCCUAAUUAUUCAUGAAUUAAGGCUAGGAGACAAAGAAAACUGAGAAUCAAUCUAGGUUAAAAAAUUUUAACCCAACAUAAUUUUGACCUUUAACAUAUACAUUAGUGCCUGCUGCAUUUGAGCACUUGCAGUGAUUUUGAUGUCAGCCAAAAGGAGUUAAGGUCCCUAUGGAAUUUGGGAUUGCUUAAUUGAGGGGUGAUGAGAGGCGGGGGGUGGGUGCAUUGGCCCCAGUCGCACCUGGCCCCACCAGCCGGGUGUUAAAAAAACUGGUUAGAUCGAGCAUGCUUGCUGUGUCUAAGAUCAUGUCUUAGUUCAGAUGUGAUGAUCCACAUUAAUGGAAGGUGACUUCAAGCUGUUGAACUUGUCUCCUUCAUCCUUCUGAUCUCAUAUUUAGUUAAUUUGAAGGGAUGUAAAAAGAAUGCACACUGUUUGGAAAGAUGUGAAGUUCUUCCAGUAGUGUUGUCCACCUCUGCAUCUCUUAUCGCUUCACUUAUCACACUUCCGGUGCACGUAUCUGUAUAUUCUCUCAUACACAAAGCUCAUAUUCAAAUGACCAAUAGUGACAGCCAGUGGCUCCUUUGUAUGCUGAUGACUGUCUGAGCUUUCUGAUAUAAUGUAGACUCAUAUACAUUGUGCAGUUGAACCUUGAUUAUCCAGACUCGUUGAGACUUGAGUAAAUAGUCUGGAUAAUCGACAGUCUGGAUAAUCGAAAAUAUGAAUAUUAAUGAGACAAUAAUGUAAAGGGAUGUACGGAAUAAUGUAAAGGGAUGUAUAGGGAAUAAAGAAAACAAAUUUUAUUGUGAAUUGGUUCCUACUCGAAUUUAUGUACAGACUGCAAGUAUUUAUGUAUUUCUAAUCCUUUGCUCAUCUCAACGCUGUCGGUGAAUUUCAGGAUCUUCUCUUUGUUUUUGCAUAUAACUGAAAUCUGCUGCUUGCUGAUGUUAAACUUGAGGGCUAAAUUUGUUCCUUUUUCGCCUUUCUCCAAAUGUGAAAUAAUUGUUUGCUUAUCCUUUAUCAAGAGAACAGACUGCUUUCAUUGCAUAGACAUGGCUGCAAUUUGAGUUUGCGAUUGAUUGAUCUUGUGUUUACAUAACCAAUAUGCGGAAUCAAGCAUGGCAUUCCCUUAGCAACAUAACAAUAUAAAUUUGAGCCAAUCAGAAUUCAGCUGAAUGCAUCAGAGUAAUUGUUCAUCUUGUGCCGUUAACACUUUUUCAAAGUGAAACAGAUUAAUGUUUUUAAACACACGUUUGGAAGGAUUGAUGAACUUUUAAUCAUUUCAAUUUUUCAAGAUCACAUCUUAUUAAUAUUCAUAAUCAUGAAAAAAAUGAGACCAGGGAAACAAGUCCGGAUAUUGGAGGUCUGGAAAUUUAGGUUCGACUGUACUGCAGUUGUCCUCUCUUCUGCAACAUUACACUACACACACUUUCCAAGGCUGUGCUCUAAGAAAAAUUGAAGGGGGCCCGCUGCUUUAGACUGAACCUGAACCUGUGAAAUCAAGGGUGCUCAGCAUAGGAUCUUUAUGAGUUAACUACGUACAGUAGUACACCAUGUAAGAAUCCCUAGUUGCUUAAGAGUGAUUGUCUACAAGUCUGACAUGUCACAGUAUUAAUCUUCCCUCGGUUAGUAGCAUCUGUGAACUGCACCAAUAUCCUUGUUGGCUCCCUAGCUACGGACUCAACAAAUUACCAGAAAUUUAUGCAUUUUGAAUUUCCCUUUAACCUGAUUGGCAAAUUAACAAUGACAUCUUUAACAGGCCAAUCAUGGCACUAAGGGGCUCUUGCAGAAUUGAUCCAACCCUGGGCCCAGUUGUUUGAAGGCUGAUUACUGCUAACCCAGGGUUAAAUUUUAACCCGGGUUUCUUUCUCUUUUCCUCUAAAACAUUUUCCCAGAUAAUUUUCUCUCUUCUUUUUCUGCAUCCAAUCAUCAACUUGUUGACAAGAAGAAUUAAACUAAAUUUACUCUUUAAGUUUUCAUAUCUGAACUCAAAUUUCGCACUAACCCUGGUUUAUCUUAACCCAGCUUUGAACAACCCAGCCUUGGUUAGUAGCGUAUGGGAAGUAAGUCCAAUAUCCUUGUUCUGAGCUCCCAGUGGGCUUAACAGAUAAUUACCAGAAAUGCAUUUUGAAUUUCCCUUCAAGAGGGUUGACAAAUCAAUGGCAUUUUAAAAACCCUUCAAGUCCCAAGAGUGACUGACCAAUAUCAAUAUUCUCCUCACAAUAUCAAUACAUAAUCAAGAGAAAAGGUUAGGAGAAUCAAUAAAAUGAUCACCUAAGGGAAAAUGCUUUGAUCUUUGAACAAAUUCUCUCAACUAAUUCCGUAAGGAAAUGUAUGGAGUUCAGUUUGGAGGAUCAUUCUGUAUACAUGUGGAUAUUGAGGCUUAAAGGGUUUAACAGGCCAAUCAUCCUAAAGAAUCCUAGUACACAGCAGGUGGAGGCCCAGGACCAGGAUUUUAGAACUUUUUCGCGGAUAGAUUUAAUGAGAAGUUUAGUUCUGUCUGUGGUGCAGGGUAGUGUCUACUUCUGUAACUACCCAUUAUUUUGUCACAGUAAUAACUUUUCUUUAACUGGCGUUUAUCAUUCUUGCCAUUAACAUAUUAUUUUUGUUACAAUCAAUUUAUUUUAGGAUGGAACAGUUCAAGACUUGAUUGAACGAACAGCAAGAGAAGGUGGCCACAUCCCAGAGUUAGAUAUCCUUCAUAUGUUCAAGUCACUAUGUGAUGCAAUACUAGCAUUUCAUAGUUUAGAUCCUUCACUAGCUCAUAGAGAUAUCAAGGUAUAUGCAUUGUAAACCUGGAUUAUUCAAAUUUUUAUCUUUGCUGUAUCAAGGACAGUUUGUAUAUGUUACAGGUCAAAAUUAAAUUCACAGGCUAAAAUUUUUUAACCUUGGUUGAUUCUCAAUUUACUUUGUCUCCUACAGAUGUAGCCCAUAUUAUUCAUGAAUUAAUUUAAGGCUAGGAGAGAAAGGAAAUCGAGAAUCAAUGGUUAAAAAAAUUAACUUGAAUUUGAUUUUGACAAGUAAUGUGAUAACAUAUUUUAGUAAAAUCCAACUAGUGGUCUAUUAUUAAGGCUGCAUUCUGAUUGGCUGAUUUACUACUAGGCUAUAUGUUAUAGCCUACUAGUAGCGAAAAGCACUGGCUUUGAAAACCUUCUUCUUUUUUUGACUGAAAUAAGUGCGUAACUUCUUUUUUCUUUGGUAGUCAUAUCUUUUCUAAUCUUGUCUGUAGCCAAAACAUUUUAAUUACAGAAUGAAAAGUUUCAAAACUCUCUUCUGUCUUUCCUAUGUCAUUCAUGGGAACAGCUUUGUUCCUGCAUUUGUCAAGGCAGGCAAGGUUUCUUUUGAUCCCUUAUUUGAUAACCUUGAGACUUUUAAAAUUAUUUUCUUGGGAAAAGUCUGAAAAAAAAAAAUUCUGUAUGACCCCACUUUGCCUAUGAGAAGAAUGACUGUAUGAAGACUUACAGUUUUUGGUUGCAACUUGUGAUUUCCAGACAGUUGAGACAAUACGAACCAGUGCAAGAAGGCAAAAGGUCAAUCGAAUCUUAUAGUGAAGAAGCCUAACUUGUAUAUAUUGUGGCAUGUUUUCCGCUAGCAUUAUUUGCAUAGUAUUGAUACGUUCUUGUUAUGAAUAUUGUCUUUUGUCUGUUUACUUUGAAAGCCUCAUAAUUUAUUGAUUGACGCUGAUAAUUCUGUGGUGUUGAUGGAUCUUGGUAGUGUGUCACAAGCCCGGUGCACCAUAACAUCUAGGUAAACGUCUAUUAUUCUUCUGAUAGUAGGCAGUUGCAAAGUUGUAAAGUUUUGUGUUGAACAAGAUAAUUUUCUUCAACACAAGUUCUUUAGUUUUGAUGUAGGCAAAGUACAUGUAAUCUACAAUGCUGUCAUAAUUUCCCAUCUAAGUCCCUUGUUUCACUCACUAGUUCUUUUUCUAAAGGCAAAAAAAGAACGAAAGUGUAGCAGAUUCACUACUCACAAAAGUUUCCCUUUUGAUUUUAAUACCUUGCUGUUGAACUCAGCAAAAGAUCACCUGAGCAACGGUUUAUGGUCAUCUCGCCACCAACGAAUUAGAAACAGAAUUCCAUGCUCCUUGAAAACACAGCUUCGACUUUAUGUAUUUUUUUCUCGUAGAAGAGAAGCUCUUGCACUUCAAGAGAAAUGUGCUCAAGAAUGCACGGCAGCUUACAGGUUGGUCUGUUUUUUAGGUUGUUUGUCAGAAUGUUCUAUUCACUGUAGAACCUGACCAACUACAAAAAAAUUUUUAACUGUAAGCCAUGUUGACAUACGACAGUCACUAGCUAAGCUGCCAGUUUUUCAGGUCAGAAUAGACCGGCUCUUUAGCUUGUAUGUUUUAUUUUCCCAAUGUACAUGUAAGUCAUGUGAUAAUACUCUAGAGAACUGUGUCAAUCAAAUUUCGUCUUAUUUCCUUGCAUAUAUGUAUGCAUAAUUUAUGAAAAGACAAAGGGGCCCUUUAUUUGGAAAAAAGAAAACAACAACUUAUAAGAGGCGUAGUCUUCACAGACUAUAUGCGCAUAACCUGGAAAAGAUUCAACUGUUCCUUGGUCGUUGUAAAGACCGCUUCAUGAUACAAGCCUGCUCCUUUACUGUUUUUGUCUUACCAUGGCACUGGUUAUCUGACCUCAUGCUUACAUGCCAUGCCUUCCAUGACUCUCCUACAAAGCCGUAAAAUCCAACCUUAAAUUGCAGUACUUCAUGUGAUUUACUUGAACAGUAACAAAUAACUACUGUCUUGUAGGGCUCCAGAGCUUUUUGAAGUGCCAUCACACUGUGAAAUUGAUGAGAGAAGUGAUGUGUGGUCACUAGGUUGCACUCUGUACGCCAUGGCUUAUGGUGAGUCACAUUUUUUCAAGACUUCACAUUCC